AUGAUGACGAAGGAAGCGGUCCCGGUAAUCAGCGAAAGUCGUGACAGGCUUUUUGUGCCAAUCUUGGUGAUCUGCGCCACCACCGGUACUGCUCUGCUUGGAUUGUUGGCUGCACAUCAGAUCAGACAAAGACGUCGAAAGUCGUUUGGCUCACGGGAUAUCACCGAUCUGGCUGAAGAAAUUGAGCGUAAACCUUCUACAGUUUACCAGGACCUAUGCCGACAUCGUAUGACCACCAGAGAGGCUUCAAAUAGCGGAAGUAACUCAAAGAAUUCCAGCACAUCAUCAUGGUGUGAAGAACCGGUUUUGCAUACAAACUUAGACAUAUCCACUGGGCAUAUUUUACUGGCAUUCCUCAAAGAGCAUUUACAAAAUCCACAAAAAAUUGAGGAACAAUGGGCUUUAUUGGGCAACUAUGUCAAUCCAAAUUCCUGUUCCUCAAUCGCUGAACUCGAACAGAAUAAGGAUAAAAACCGUAAUCCCGACUGUUUACCAUAUGACGAUACGUUAAUAAGCAUUCAUUCGCCGACCGGUGAUGGUACCUCAUCCUCAUACAUUAACGCAUCGGCGAUUCACGAUACCGAUCCACGACAGGCCAACUAUAUUGCUACACAAUCACCGUUACCAAACACAGUUGCAAGCUUUUGGCAAAUGGUUUGGGAACAAGGAGCAGUAUUAAUCGUUAAUUUGGCUGACAAUGAAGAUUUGCGCAACGAUCGAUGCACACGUUACUGGCCACAGAACGGCUCUGAAUGUCACAGCGUUUUUGAGACAAAUGUCAUCAAAUAUACGCUCUUAUUAAUGGUUGAUAUCUGA